GCUACAAUCUUGCUUCUUAUUUUUGUUUCUUUUUCUUUCUUACCCUUGAUACCCUCUUUGAUAAGUGAGGGUGUACGUAUAACCGGUAGUUUGAACUAUGAUAAAAGCAUGAAUCGGCAUCUUCCACCGCGUCAUCAUCCACAACAACAGCAACAGCAACGAAAAAACAAACCCCUCCUCCCACCUUCCCCGUUUCCACCGUUGCAUCGUUUAUCAGAAGAAGAAAAAAAGAUCUUGAUUCGAUUAGAUUAACCUAGAUAGGGUGAUGGACGCCCGCGAUGAUAUACUUCUUUUGCUUUCCUUUUUGCUGUUGUUUCCUUUGCAUUGACCUUGGCUGCUGCCUUGCCUUGCCCUGCCCUGCCUUUAAUUUUCUUUUUACUAUAAUUUUUAUCUCCGUCGUUGUUUUCUUCUUCUCGGUCCGGCCCGUGGUUCGUCUCUGCCCCGCUGCCGCCCAUUCAUCGUUGACGGAUAGAUUAGCCAGAGCGAAGCGGAAGAGGAACAAACGUUGCCCCCCCUCCCCCGUUGCAACGCUGUUUUUUUUUCGCUAGGGCAAGGGAAAAUUUCCCGGUACAUGUUUGGCUUUCUCAUCCUUGGCUUGUAUUGCUUCCGGGUUGCUUUGCUUUUUUCUUUAUCUAUUAUGUUUAUGGGAAAGCCUAGAUGGGAUGGAGUGAGCGUCAUUGAUAUCGUGACCUCCAACUGCUUAAUCGGUGAGUAGAGAAACUCCAUGUACAAACUCCAAGUAUUCGGCGAAGAAGAAUACCAUUAGUAACAGCAUGAUAAUUAGCCCAUGUCGCAUCCAGUCGUGGUGCAGAAAUAUUUGAGAUUGCGCAGAGCAAAAUCUAAAGUUUAUUACUCUCCCUUCUGCGCGUCCGUCCUCUGGCAUAAACUUUCAACAUGAGAAAGGUUAUCUGAUCGGGGGUGAUUAUUCCCGUCGUUCCACGACUUCUCAACCGUAGUUCACUAGACUACACAGACGUGGUUCCUUAGAUCCGGACCACGAAGCCUAUUGUAUUUUGUUUUUUGUGUUACUUUCGCCGACUGUACAACUAGUGGGGUCGAUAGCAUCAUAGAGCAGCAGCUACACAUACAUCACGAUCUCGAUAUCGUAGACUUUCUUCUUCCUGUACAUGUCAAUCCCGCAAUACAGAGUGGUACUCCAAGAUCGCUAGUCCCUGUGUACUCGCACAGCCGCCCGCACCGUGUACAAGAUAGUUGCUUGCGCAAAGCGGCCACAAGAAACGUCCCGGAGCCGGCCAUUUCGGCAACGACAGUACCCCCGCCAAAUCAAAGAAGGCAAAGAAAAUACAAGCGCAAGACAGAACAACAUCCAGUAGUUUGACGAAGAAAUCACUCCGACACUCUCUGUACUCUGGUAUUGUCCUCUUUUUGACGUAUUUUGCACUUCUUGGUUGGGCGCACAAGUCCAGAGAGACGUUUCGUCUCGUAUUGGCUCGUGUCCCCGCAUGCAGUGCGACCUUUGCAUAGGUAGACCCGCGCGGGCGUCGCCCGAAUCCACGGUUGUAACAGGGGUACUGUCGUCCAAC